CUUAACAACAAAUCUUUGGCACUUAGUUAAAGACCAAAAUAACAGUGAUAUUCAAAAACAGUUUGAACUGUAUUGCAUUAUUACAGAAAAGAGAGAGAAACAGUUUGGUUUACAUAAACAAAGUUUACAGAAAUGGUUUUUAAUGUCCACAGGCUGUGCUGCAUGGUCUCCCUGCCUAGAUCUUACACGGACUCUUAUUAAAGGAGCCUGACAAUAGUGUAUUCAGUCUGUCUGGAAGCAUCCCCUUCAAUAGUGAUGAAUUACGCAUGUUACUGAAAACAUUACAUAUAUGUGAAGAAAAGGAUUUUAGUGCUUCAGGAAUUGCUGCUCAUGACAAAAAAUGUGUGACCGACGACCAGAAAAGCCUGUUGACCACGUAACAGUCACAGACUGGGACGCUCGCAUUCAGGAGCUGCGAGAGACAGCACACAGGAGGAGGAAGGAGGCUCACGACUUGCGACAAGAGAGUAUCCAGCUGCGUGCUGACACGGCUGUCACAACACACUGGAGCCUGCUGCAAAGUUCACAAUCUCUGCAAGACAGAUGUACCGAAGUUCGCCGAGUGGAACACCUGCUGGAAUUGAAGAGGGCAGCAACAGUCUGUGAGAUGGAAUGCCUAGAGGAGGAGAAAGCCGUGUGCCAGCGGCAGCUAGAGCUGCUGUCUGUGCCGAGGGCCGUGACCGUCGAGUGCCAACUGGCUAUCGACCAGAGACUGGACACUGACCUUCUUAGAGACCCUGUGCAUCUGCAGCUGCAGAAGGAGCUGGGACUGAUAGAACAGAAGAAGAAUGACCUGGAAGCAGAGUGCAAGGCAGCCUGGGAGCAGCUGCAGAGACUCGGGGAGUGCCUCAACCAGCUGUCUAGAGACCUGCAGAACAAGGGUGAGGCAAUCGCGGUGGAUGAGAGUGCACUUGGUCUGAAACCCUCCAGUAGUGGCAUUGGGUUCAGGCAGGACCCAACGAGACAUCCCAAAGAAUGUAUCCCAUAUGAGACAUGGCAACAAGUUUCCGAAUCUAAUAUGAACAGAGCCGAAGAAGAAAUUCAAAAAUCUCGAAGUCAACGCUUGAACAUGUUUUCACUGCGAGCUGAUGUCACUAAUUCACUGCAUGCUCAACAUUCUGAUACAGACCAUGCUCUCAGCAGACGCAUAUAUGAAGUCCAGCGAGCCCACGAUGAGCUUCAGUGGCAGAAGGAGGAGACUGAAAAUGAAAUGGGUGUUAUAAAUCGUGAAAUUUCGCUAUUGGAAGAAGCUCUAGCUGAUAAAACAGGUCCAUCAAAGUUGGCAGAGUCACGUCUCGAGAUACGUCUAUGGCGGCCACGUGCAGAACUUUUGUAUGAUGAUGCCCAACAGACAAUAAAAAAUGAACUGCUCCAGCUCCAACUGUCUCAACAAAAGCUCACACAGCAGAUUGCUGAUGCAAAAGCAACAUACAAUGCUCUGCAGCAGCACAGUGCACGACUGGCCACUGAUAUCGACUGCAAGAACCAAGCUCUGACUUUACUGAACCGCUGUUGUGACAUACGGACUGCAUUGCACCCUGAUGAGAGGUAGAUUCAUCCUGCUGCCUCCAACUUUAUGCUUAAGAAUUAUUCUUACAGUAAAAUACAUACAACUUGUUCUUUGGUCUCAUCAUGUUAUUCAUCAAAGAAGAUUCAGUAAGC